GGUCAAACAAACGCUGCUACCUCUGCUCCAACUUGGUUGAACUGAGACUCAUAAAAUUAUUCUCAAGUAUUCUCUGAUCAACAAGAGAAUAAUUAAAUUAAUGAUGCUUCUUCGUAGCUCUUCAAGUCCAUUAUUGAAGCAAUAUUAUUCAUGGCUACCACAAUUAUCCCCAGGACCAAAAUACUUGUCAAGAUCAUCUACAUCACUCUCAAGCUCAUCACUAGAUUCAGUACAAAAGAUGUCCAGAGCUUUGUCUGAGACUGAUCUUAAACUGUUCAAUAGACCAUCAUCUUCAAACAGUACUUGUUGCAUGGCCAUGCACAACAUACUUCCUAUCACAGUUGAUGAAGAAACAUAUGAAGAGGAGAAAGAAGAUAAGCAGGUAAGGCUGAAUAAUGGAUUGAUGUUGUUUCCGAAUUAUCGGUUGGAAACGGGUGAGGGGCGUGAAGUUGAGGAAGAGAAACACACGAGGGUGGUGGAGCUGGUGGUUGACGGCGGUGGAAGUGGUGGAGACGGUAGAGGAAAGAAAUGUGGUGGUGGAGGUGGUGAUGAUUCUAAUGGUGGAAAUGGUGAUGGUGGUUUUGAGUGGGAUUCAAAUCAUGGGAGUGAUAGUACUGAUUUGUAUUACAAAAAGAUGAUUCAAGCUAAUCCUGGGAAUUCACUGCUUCUUGGAAAUUAUGCAAGAUUCUUGAAAGAGGUCAUGGGAAACUUAGUGAAAGCAGAAGAAUAUUGUGGGAGAGCAGUUUUGGCAAAUCCAAGUGAUGGAAAUGUACUUUCAUUAUAUGCUGAUUUAAUUUGGAGAUCCCAUAAAGACGCCCCUCGUGCUCAAAACUACUUUGAGAAAGCUGUUAAAGCUGCUCCUGACGAUUGUUAUGUGUUGGCCUCCUAUGCACAUUUUCUUUGGGAAACAGAGGAUGAAGAGGAAGAAAAAGAACAAGAACAGAGACAAGAUCAAAUGAGCCAUAAUAUUAACUUAUCAGAACCUAGUUUCUUCAUAUAACUCACCCCAUCUAAGUUUAAUGUCUCUAUAUAUGUUAUAGCAAAGUAUAAUUAACCUUCUAACAAUUUUUUGUUUUCUGCACAGCUUUCACCCUUUUGGGGUUUCUUUUUGUAACCUUUCAUUUCCCUUGGCUACUAAAGCAUUUUGAAGAA